GGCGGGCCCGACUCUCCAAGCUGGAGAGAACAGGGCAGUAGGCGCUGCGGAGGCACCUCGGGUGACUGCGAGGCAAGGCACUGGCAGCGGCUUCUGGACAGCGCAAUGAGUGGACGCAGGUGACUUCCAGGUCUGCAGACGAGAGGAGAAGAUGAAGGAAGAUUGUCCACCCACUUCUCACGUGCCCAUCAGUGACAGCAAGUCCAUUCUGAAGUCGGAGCUCUUAAGCCUGCUGAAAACCUACAACUGCUACCACGAGGGCAGAAGCUUUCAGCUGAGACACAGAGAGGAAGAAGGGGCUCUGAUCAUCGAGGGGCUCCUCAACAUCUCCUGGGGACUGAGGCGGCCCAUCCGGCUCCAGAUACAGGAUGACAGGGAGCGCGUGCAUCUCUCCUCAGCCUCCUGGACACCCGGACGGUCCAGCUUCCACCCAAAGGAGCCACCUCUUCAGGAUGGCAAAGUCACUGCCCAGGAACCAAGUACCCAGGCCGAGCACACGGAGGAGAGGUCCAAAGACAGCUCAGAGCCCCUGGAGGAGGACGAGGAGACCCCACAGCUGAUGCGGACUAAGAGCGACGCAGCCUGUGUGAUCCAGAGGAGGCCCAGGUGCCGCGCACCUGGUGAAGCCCAGAGGAUCCGGAGACAUCGGUUCUCCAUCAACGGGCACUUUUACAACCACAAGACCUCCGUGUUUACUCCAGCCUAUGGGUCCAUGACCAACGUGAGAGUCAACAGCACCAUGACGACCCUGCAGGUGCUCACAUUGCUGCUGAACAAGUUCCGAGUGGAAAAUGGCCCCAGUGAGUUCGCACUCUACAUUGUUCACGAGUCUGGGGAGCGGACAAAAUUAAAAGACAGUGAGUACCCUCUGAUUUCCAGAAUCCUGCAUGGGCCAUGUGAGAAGAUUGCCAGGAUAUUCCUGAUGGAAGCCGACUUGGGCGAGGAAGUCCCCCACGAUGUCGCUCAGUACAUUAAGUUUGAAAUGCCGGUGCUGGACAGUUUUGUUGAAAAAUUAAAAGAAGAGGAGGAAAGAGAAAUAAUCAAACUGACCAUGAAGUUCCAAGCCCUGCGUCUGACCAUGCUCCAGCGCCUGGAGCAGCUGGUAGAAGCCAAGUAGCCCACCAGUGCCAGCCUCUUCCGAAGCCCCCAGGAGCCAGUGCACCCUAAGUGCUGAUGGCUGGGCCCUGAUUGGUCACACCAGCUGAGGAGCGCAGCACCAGUGCUUCUACCUGUCCACCUGCCUGGGUACUGUGGGGCCCAUGUUCCUGGCUCUUGGCCCCAAGGUGAACACUCACAGGGCCCAGACCCAAGCCUGAGGAGCCAGGAACUUGCUGGGUGGGGUCUGCAUGAGAGACUACCCUGAGCUGUGAGCAGCCCUGAAGCUGUGACAUGGGCCAUUAUGUAGUUGGAUGGCCUGGCCAGUCCUGUUCACGCCACACCUCUCCUGUUUAGGAGAACAGAAUGUGACAUAGCUUCUGGGGAUGGAGUUUCUGGGCACCAUCUACUUUCUCAGUGCCCAGCCCAGGGCUUCUGAAGAACUGCCAACCCUAAUCCUCACCAAGCAUGUGAACCACUAGACCCCUAUUUGCCCUCACCUCAUGCUGCCACUCAGAAACUCUGCUGGGAAAAGAGAGGGCUGCCAGCAGGUGUGGUGUGCAAUGCUCCCAACCAUCACUUCACCAGGAAUACCUGGCCCUCAAGCCUCCAGUGUCACUCCAUGAGCCUCACAUAGCCCAGCACCCUGGAGGCAGAGGUCAGACCAGGAAUAAGGCCACCAGAAGCCCAUCUUUUGUCUGCAGCACUCACUCAGAACUUCCUCAGCUAGACCUGAAGAAAUUCUUGUGAGGAGCUAGCUGCAGGAAAUGUGACAAUUUGAACACAUGGAGGAGGUGACUCCUAUGGCAUUGAAAGGCUGCUGCCCAGGUAGCUGAGAGUCCAGGAACUGUCCAGGAACUCUUGGGCAGUGGCUUGGGGAAGCCAUGUUCGGCCCCAUCGCUGAUCUCCCUUAGACACCUGUGUGCCUCUUGUCCCCUCUGAGUGUGAAUUGUCCCCUCUCAAUACUCCCAUCAAAGAGGUGCCUCAAGGAAAAAUGUCUGUUCAAGGAGAAAGGGCUUUAAAAUCCCUGGGGCCAGAUACUGAACAGUUUGGCUUUGCCAGCUGAUGGAAAAUUUCUGGAAUGAAUGAUUUGGUCUUUGCAAAAUUAUGCAACAGUUUAUAUCAGUCAUGUGAAGUGUUUAUCCAAAACAGAGCAAGCUGGAGACCAAGUUCUCCCACUGGGACCUGUGAAUAGUGAAUUUAAAGGGGAAAACUGUAAGGUCCCCAAUAUAGGGGAGAUUCCAUCCCAGCCUCCUGGGACAUCUCCUCACCAGCACCCUCAGAGAGCAGAGCUUGGGAGCAGCUGUGCCAUUUGAACCCACUGUUCAGGGUGAAGUUCAUACCAUGACUGCCCCAACUGUCUUCACAGAGGCAUGUGCAGAGAUGGCCAGGGGAGGCCCCCCACAGUUUCUGUCUUCUCUGCUCUCCUUUGGAGGCAUAGUUUCUUAGGUACUCAAUAAAAUUGUGCUGUAUUGAACUGAA